CCCAAUCCCAUAGGAAUAGGAGGCCUUGUGUCCACAGGAGGCGUGUCGCUGCCGAUGCGUGUCGGGCGUUCCCCCUGCGUGCCCGUGAAACGUGCCGACGGCGGCGUCCAUGUAUGCCAGGCAAGUAGUGCGGUUGUGACGUUGGGGGAUCGGCGGCAUUAUUACUGGGACUGUGUCGUGGCUCGUGGCCUGCGUGAGUCCAUGGGCAUGGCGAUGGGGGCGCAUCCGGAGGACUCGCUGGGCGUGUGUUGCGCGCGCUGACUUGUGGCUGGUGCGGCCGCCCCCGGGCCUGGCACCGCCGGUAUGGGAUGUGGUGUGCCUGGCUGCGUUGUCUGCUAUGGACCUGGGGCGGCAACGGAUUGUGGUGGCCGGGCAAGGGCUGCCGCCCGCCGCGGCCGCGCUUCCGUCUGGCCAUAUUUUGGCUGUUGGACUGGAGGUGGUGGCUGACUUCUGGGGGCGAUUGCAGGCAUUUGCUAGUUGGGGCGCGCGACCUGGUGGCUGGGACACUGUCCCCUAUGGGCACGUGUUCCUGUCGCGGGGGGCCGAGGACCGCAUUGUUGUCGUGUUGCCGUAUGACGCUGGUUCUCCGCCCCCGUCUCCUUGAUGGGUGUUCGGCGUAUACAAUUGGACUGCGCGGCGUAGUGUCGUGAGCGCGGUGCUCGUGGCCACUGGCCGUGUGUGCUGGCCCGGCGGUGUGCUGCCGUGACUGUGAGUGCGCGUAGGUAUUGGUGUAGCGGUGCCUUAUGAGCCGCGUGUCUUGUGAUGCUGUGUCUGGUGUGGCUCUGGCGCGCGUUCGUUCCGCGCGUUCGUUCCGCGCAGCAGCUACGGAGAUGCGCAGAGCCACCUGCGGCAGGGGUGAUGCUGGCGGGUGGAUGGUGAGUGGAUGUUGGGGGAGGUGGGGUUUGCCAAGAUGGUUGGAAAAGCGGUGCAAAAUGCACUGAAGACUGCAGGCGAAGUCGUUAUCAAAUGAGCGGCCGUCCGGGCGGCUGCGUACUGGGGGCUGGGCUGGGCUGGGGGAAGAUGGCAGAAGAUGGGAGGUGUGCGAGGGCGAUGUGCGGGACUGAUGCAGUUGGGAAUGGGGGCUGGGGGAAGAGUUCGAGAGGCGGGUGGAAGAGGCAGCGAGAGAUGGAGGAAGAUUGGUAGGAC